AGCUAAGCUGAUUUGGCAAAAUAAAAAUGUAUUAAUCUUGUAUUUACUUCUUUCUCCUCCUUCACUAUUUGUCAUUUUUUGCUUGAGAAAUCCUUAGAGUCUUCAAGCCAGUAAAUAAAUAAGUCAAGAAAUAUGCCAAUAAAAAAGAAAUAUAAGACAUUAGCAAAGGGUACAUACUUGAAAAUUAAGUUUGCUUAAUUUUUUAUAGAUUCAACUAUAUAAUAAAAUUCUUAACCAAUGCAAGUAUGCAUUUAAUUAAUUAAUUUCUUGUUUAAAGUCUUAAUAUAAUUGGGAAUCACUCUAAUUUGUAUAUCCCUUAAUAAUUUGUCUAAAAUGCCAAGUGUACAUACCCUUAAUCUCAGCACUUGAGCAUUCUACUGCAACCCCCUAUUUCUCUGGGGGUGCCCGGAGCACAGCCUGCAGAAAAGGCAGGGCAAAACCCAAAGCAGGGAGUCCACAGUGCUUUCUGGUCUCGCUGGGUACCCAAGCACCGUCAGCAUAGCCAAGGGAAGGAACCGGGGGUUCACAGGUCCACCUUUCCCUCUGGGCAUCUCCGUGCCAGGCAGAGAGGGGAAAGUGGUGCCUGGGAUGGGCGGAAACUGGCUGAUUUUGGGGUGAGUGUGAAGAGUAUGGAGGGGCUAGAGGAGAGAGAAGGGCUUCCUUGGGAGCUCUAGGUACGACUCUUAAAGGUGGAGGCCUUCCGUGUGUGCGGCAAUCCACUUGUUCAUACUGGUUUAUUUGGUGGUGGCUGUGAAUGUAUACACUUUAUCUGGUGGGAACCAGGGAUUAAAUACCUUUUGCAAGAAGGAAUACCCAGGAAGCGAAGCUUGUUGAAGUCCGGAUGGGGAGAGGGGGUAUCUAGACACCUUUUAGCGUGGAGAGCUGCAGGUGUUAUGCUAGUGACCCAGUGCCCAUGGCCCUCAGCGGGAUGUCAUGGCUACAUGGUCCAGAGCAGGUAGAGGCAGGCAGGGAAUGGCCAUUCUCAUUUCUGAGACUCCUAGGAUUUGAACUCAUGCAACCUUAGCAUUCUUAUGCCUGUCUGUGUCAACAUCCCACGUGUCCUACCCUUGAGAGGCAGGAAUAGGUAGAGCUUGAGAUCAGCUUGGUCUUCAUGGAGAGUUGCAGGCCACCAGGGCCAUGCUGUGAAAUCUCCUCAUCUUAAAAACAAACAAACCUGUUAAAGUGAGGACGUAUGUGUACAGUGACUGGUCAGCCUUUUUCUCUGGGUUGUCAGGCUUGGUGACCGGUGGCUCACACAUAGACUUAGACUCAUGCCAAGUAGUCUAAGGUUAGAGGCUAGCAUUCUCUAUUGUCUGCCUGCACAUAGUGGCUGGACUCCACCAUUGCUAGGCAGGGAGUGAAGAGUUAUCUGUCCGUUUUCGCUGAGGUAGAUCGAGACAGACUGUCGUCUUGCAGAGGUUUGCACUCUGCUGAACAUGCAGCCAAAGCAGUGCUUUUUAGUGUUUAGGAAUUCUAGUGUGCGGAUGUCUGCCUUGUCAGGUAGUCUAGGAGGCCGUUCCCCAUUUAAAACAGGGACAGCAAACUUCCCUCCGAAAAGGAUUGAUGUGAUGUUUGCAAAAUGAUUUGGGUUCCCCCAAAUAGGCACUUAAACAAAGAAGCAAGCAUACUCAUUAUAUUUAUCCUGUAGAGAACAAUAUUAAUAAUGGAUUAUAUCAUUUCCCUGGGUUUAUUGAUGUUUUUAAUAAGGAGGAAAGGUUAUAUAAGACUAUGAAUUUUCAUAGAUAAAGCUAUGAAAUGCAGUGCAAUAUUUUACAUAAUAUAUAAACUAUGAAAACCUUCCAUUUUAGAUGUUUUAUUUUAUUUAUGUGUGUGUACAUACACAUGCAUAGAUGCACAUGUGUCACCGUGGGCAGGUGUGUGCAGGUCAGAGGACUACUCAAUAGCCGCUGGUUCUCCUCUCCCACCGUGAGUCCCGAAGGUCGGACUCCAGUUGUCAGGCUGGGUGGUUGGCCAGUGUUUUACCCUCAGCCAUCUGACCAGGCCUCUGUUCUAAAAGGACACCUUCAUUUUACACAGCAUCAAGACUUCACGAUAAGUGACCACACAUUGCCAAGGCAAGGGUUCUGUACUUGUCCUCUCCUGACCUCUGGUGGUGAGAUGCAGGCAUGGGUGACUCCCAGCAACGUUACUCACUUGUCCUUACUGUAGGACGGGGAUUGGAGGAGUAGCAGAUGGAGAGCCCAGCUGAUUUUCUUAACUAAUUAUUUAUUUACAUCCCUAAUGCUGCCCCCAUUCACCCCCCCAUAGUCCCUCCCCUCACCCUCUUCACUUCUGAGAGGGUGGCCCCCACCCCUGGGUACCUCCCACCCUGACCGAUCAAGUCUCUGUAUUAGCUCAUCGUCUCCCACUGAGGCAGGACACGCCAGUCCUCUGCCUCUGUGUGUGCUGGGGGCCAUGCUCCUUGGUCAGUGGCUCGGUCUCUUAGAGCUCCCAUGGGUCCAGGUUAGUUGGCUCUGUGGGCUUCCUGUCGGGUUCCUAUCCCUUUCAGGGCCUUCACUCCUCCUCCCCUAACUGUUGCAUGUCUGGCCGUGGGUCUCUGCAUCUCUUUCAGUCAGCUGCUGGGUACAGCCUCUCAGAACAGCUAUGCUAGCUCCAGCCUGCAGGCAUGACAGAGUGUCGCGGACAGUGUCAGCAAAAGCAACUGGAAAUCGAAAGGACUUCCAAGUGGCUGAAAAUGCUGAAGAGAUGGGAGAGAUACAAGAACACUGAGAAGUUCCAUCGACGAAUUUACAAAGGAAUUCCACUCCAGCUCCGAGGUGAAGUCUGGGCCCUUCUUCUUGAGAUCCCUAAAAUGAAAGAAGAAACAAGAGACCUCUAUAGUAAAUUAAAGCACAGAGCACGGGGUUGUUCGCCUGAUAUCAGACAAAUAGACCUUGACGUGAACCGCACAUUCAGGGACCAUAUCAUGUUUAGAGACAGAUAUGGUGUCAAGCAGCAAUCCUUGUUCCACGUUCUUGCUGCCUACUCCAUCUACAAUACGGAGGUCGGGUACUGUCAAGGGAUGAGUCAGAUCACAGCUCUGCUCCUGAUGUACAUGAAUGAGGAGGACGCCUUCUGGGCCCUGGUCAAGCUCUUCUCAGGCCCCAAGCACGCCAUGCAUGGUUUUUUUGUCCAAGGUUUCCCUAAACUCUUGAGAUUUCAAGAACAUCAUGAGAAAAUUCUGAACAAAUUUUUGUCCAAACUAAAGCAGCACUUGGAUUCUCAAGAAAUCUAUACAAGUUUUUACACAAUGAAGUGGUUUUUUCAGUGUUUCCUUGACCGAACUCCCUUCAGGCUGAACCUCCGGAUCUGGGACAUCUACAUCUUUGAGGGAGAGCGAAUUCUCACUGCUAUGUCUUAUACAAUCUUGAAGCUACACAGAAAGCAUCUAAUGAAGUUGUCUAUGGAAGAACUUGUAGAAUUUCUUCAGGAGACUCUCGCCAAGGACUUUUUCUUCGAGGAUGAUUUCGUAAUAGAGCAACUGCAGGUCUCUAUGACAGAGUUAAAGCGGGCCAAGUUAGAUCUCCCAGAACCUGGUAAGGAGGAUGAAUACCCAAGGAAACCCCUGGGGCAGCUCCCACCUGAGUAUACCAAUCACUUGAGCAAUGGACAAAGAAGUGUUGGCAGGCCCAGCCCCAAAAUAAGCAGCAGGAGAGAAGAUGGGUCGCCUCACAAGGCACAUGAGCACUCUCCUGCCCAUCACAGCAGAAAUGGCACCCCAGAAAGAGUCGGGCAGUCAAGACGCAAGUCUGUGGAUGAGGGUAGUAAAAAUCUGAAGCAGGAGGCAGAUUUUCAGAGAAAACCUUCAUCGGGCACACAGGACAACUCCAAGCAUUAUAACCAUGCAACUGCUAACCAAAAUAGCAAUGCACUUUCCAACAUCAGGAAGGAGUUCGUGCCCAAAUGGAGGAAGCCAUCGGAGGCCUCAGCUAUCGAAAGAACUGCUAAAUACGCCAUUGAAGGCAGAAGUCACUCAGUGUUUCCCGCUCUCUCUGUCGCAGUCCCAAGUUCUGCUGAGACCCGAUUGUCAAACUCAAGGCAAAAGAUGAAGGCUUUUGAUGGUGGUGAGGGGAACCGGGGUUCUAAUGCUUCCCAGUAUGACAACGUACCUGGGAGUGAGAGCGAGCCUGGAGCGUCUGCAGAGGAGGGACCGGAGCGGACUCACCCUCACAGUCCAAGGAAGCACUCUGAGCCAAGUCCCAGUCCAUCAAAAGUACCCAACAAGUUUACCUUUAAAGUGCAGCCUCCCAGCCAUGUACGAUACCCAUCCCAGCCAGCAGGGGAGGAUCACAGAGCUGCAUAUCCACCCUCCUACAGCAACCCGCCUGUCUACCAUGGAAAUUCUCCAAAACACAUCCCUACGGCCCACAGUGGCUUUGCGUCCACACAGAUCAGCCUGGGGCCUCAAGUGAACCCUUCCAGGAGACCUUACGGUUCCUCUCUUUCAGGUGACACUUCUCCAGAGAAGUCCUACGGCCGCCUAACUCCUGUUCUUCCCUCUAGUCGAAUUGAAGUCCUUCCCAUAGACAUUGGUGCCAGGGGAUACGGCAGUUCAGGGUCACCAAAGAGCGGAAAGUUCAUCCUUCCCCCGGUGGACUAUUUGCCUGAGAACAGAAAAUGGUCAGAAUUUAGUUACACAUACAGACCUGAGGUGCAUGGUCAGUCAUGGACUCAGGAUGCUACCCGUAGCCACUUAAGCAAUUUACCAAAAUACACAGCCUUUCCGCACAUACCUCUUCAGGACCACGGCCUUCCAGAAGUGUCUGUAGACAGUCCAGUGAGGUAUAAGACUUCACCAGCUGUGGAAGAGGCCAGUCCUCCUGGGUAUCCAUACGCAGGGCCCACACCUUCAGCACAUCACUACAGAAAUCGAGAGGGCCUGUCUGUUCAGGAAUCAGUGUUGCUAUGAGAAUUUUCUGUAUUCACUGACAACAGGGGAAUAGAAACCAUAUGAUGCCCGUGUUUAUAAUUGCCAAAGCAGUAUUGUUUAUAUUGUAAACAACUUGUGCAGCUCAGUGUGUGUCAGUAAGGAGAGUGUGGGGUGCUUCCCUCCGUGUAGAGGCCACUGAAGAAGAGCGAUUCGUUUGCGUCCUGGCUGAACGUCUGAGAGUGACCUGGAAACACGGCCAGGUUCUCUAUGCUCUUCCCUUUGUGUCUCCCCCUCACUCCCGGUCUGUUCUGACUACUGUCAGAAAGCACUGAGACACUGUAGAACACAUCCUCUGAGGGCUGUCCCUCGACUCUGACUAGAUGAGGCAAACACCUGUGCACAUAGAUUUUGUUUUUUAAAAAACCACCUUUAAUCUAGAUCCAUGGAAUAACUGUUUUUUUUUUUUUACCCCUUAUCUUUUGGCCCACCCCACCUGGACAUAUUUUAACCUAUGUUCUAAACUAAAACUAACUAAAGUUUAUCCGACUUUAUGAAUCCAGCGCCUUUCAGAAUGUCAUUCUCCUUCAGGUGCUGCCAUUUUCUCAGCUCCUGAAAGUUAAAGGCUGUGGAGAAAGGCUCACCACUCGAUGGUGCCUAAAGUGGUUCAGUUAGCCAGAGUGAGCGGCUGCACAGCGUUCACUGUGUCCCCUAAACUCCAAGUGUCUCGGUGCUGCCAUGCCCUGGGCUCUGGACCGGCUGCAGAGGGACCUGGAAGUCAGACCUUGCAGUGCCGUAGGCGGUGGGCAGUUCCUUGUCACAGUAAAGCAAGGCUGCAUCUCCCUCACAGGCCCAGGGCACCGUCCGUCCGUCCAUCCGCACGGCUUUGUCACCCAGGCUGCACAGAGUGUAGUAGGUGGAUGGGUGCUGCAGCACUCACUGGGCCAUUACAUCGCCCUGAUCAAAACUGUGAAAUGCCCUAAUGACUGAUAAGAAUCUAGAGUUUUGAUCUUUGUAAAAAAGAAAAAAAAGUAGUUUGUUUCAUAGUUUUGGAAAUUUCUUUCAAUGAAAAAUAAUCGAAGUUCAUGUUUUUAAAAAGGCAAUGAUUCCUUUAUGCUGUCACACACUACUGUCACCAAGACACUGACAAAGAGCGGGUUCUCCAAGAACCAUGGCUGUGUCUCCGUAGAUGCUCGCCCACCAUUACCCUCUUGUACUCUUGUAGGAAGGCCAACAGUGACGCUCCCCCGCCCCACAGCGGGACUUAGGCUUUUGAGGUACAAGAAUAUGUCUUCAUGAAAGUAACAUUGUUUAUCUAUCAAACGUGACAAUAUUUUGAUGUAUAUAAUGAUUCUAAUGUAAUUUAAUUAACGGAAUGAUGUUUUUAAGUGUGGAAGCAAAUGCAGUAUAUUAAAAGUGGACACCACACCGACACCCCCUACUCCUGACCAAAUAACCAGGCUCUUGAUUUAGAUCAUGUGGAAGGUGAGAAAUAAAUGUAUGUAGACAUGUAGUUGAGGAUCUUACGGUUCUUAGAGUAUGACUCUGGGACUCGUAAGGAGCAAGCUGUACAAUGUAGUUCAUGAGGGCAGCAUCUGUGCCUCUUCAGAAAGUACAUAUCUAGUGGUAAAUAAUGUAGAUUAUAUAUAUAUAUAUAUAUAUAUAUAUGCAGUAUAUAUGGACACACUAUUUUCUUAUGUCAUCUAUGGCCUUUUUUUAUCUGUGUACUUUUUGAUGUGAUUGUUUUUAACACGCUAAGAGUAAUCCGUGUACUUUGUUCUGCGUCUUCUGUGCAGCUUCCCAGUGGCAGGUGCUGCACCCCGGGGCUGGCCGGGCCCGCAGAUGUGCCACCAGCAGAUCUUACACACGCUCAGCUCUCUGCUUGCAUUCCAGUGAGACCGUGUUUAGAACCACGUCGCCUUUCCUUGGCUUAAGCGUUUCUAAUGGCAGCAAAGUCUUCCCCUCCAUAAGAUGUACCUCUGUUGGCUUUCAGUAGGAGAUUUUAAUUUAAAAUUAUUUUGCCACUAUACAAUUUUAUUUUAAAUUUAUUUUUAAAUAAAAGAAAUGAUAAGAGAAAUAACACUGACAAAGUGAUUCAAAAUAUAUUUAUAGAAAACGUUUGCUGAGGGCAUUCCAGGCAGAGCAGCCAGUCAGGUUCCAUAACUGCACGCCCACAGUGUGCUUGCCCUGGCUGCGUCUCCCCUCAUGGUAUCUUGGCCCACUUUUGUCAAAAGUAAACAUUUGGGUGUGGUAUCGUAAGUUUCUUCAGAAGGAGUCUUGCUGGUCUUUACGUAACUAGUGAACUUAAGGUUGUUUGGGGUUUUGUUUUUGUUUUUGUUUUGGUGUGUGAUUGGUUGGUUUGCUUGUUUGUUUGUUUGCUUUGCUUUGCUUUUAAUUCUCAAGUCUCGCCCUUAUACCACCUAAAUCUUAUCUUGGGUAAAACACAAGGAGGCAUAUUCCCCGUGUCUAAUGCUGUCCUCUUGAGACUCUUUCUAACAAAGAUGCCCCAAGUUGUCUUAUGUUCCUGUUGUGGGAUGUUUACAAACGGUUUGUUGUUAUUUUGGUUUCUGAAGAUGGAGUCUUGCAUAUGUCCUGCCUGAUCUUACCGUGUACACGAGUCUGACCCGGAAAUUGAGGUGCUCCUCCCUUAGCCUGCAGAUGCACCUCCCAUCUUGCUCAGCACAGGGUUUUCGUGGUGUGGGUUUUGAUUGUCUUUGUUUUCAGGGGUGGACAUUGAACACGUCGUCUCAAACACUGCCUGGGAACUAGUGUUUCAAAUUCUGUGUAGGUCAGAAGUUUUGGAGCUCAAAAAAGUGGUAUCAGGAAAGUUAGGGAAAAGUCCUCUGGCAACAACGUUAUCAGCUGUCCUCAUGUCAAGAUUUCUGCUAGUCACAGCUAAGUAGCUUCGAGAAAGGAGGUGUGACCCUCUCACCCCCAGACGCUUACACACUCCUGCAAAGUAGACAGAACCUGCAGAUUGCCGAUACCUGUCGGUGGUCUGCUCCUCAGCCCAGCUGCUAUCCAAGCCCUUUACAGUGAGAAGUCCCCGCCCUGCCUUCAUUUGACCAUCAGUACUGAGCAGCUAGAACUCACAGGGACUGUGUCUCCACACUUGAGAACAUGAGGGCUUUGAUUUGAGUCCAUGGGUAAUCCUGAACAGUUGCCAUCCUGACGUCUUCCUGAAUCUUCUCAUGUGUGAGCAUGGGAUAUGUCUGUUCAGGGCUGCAAUUUCAGUGUUUUGUGGGUGGUCUGUUUCCUUACUAGGACUUCUUCUCUGUUGCUGUUUUCUUCUCUGUCGUCAGGACUGUUUUCUACCCUCCUGGAGUCUUGAAACCUGCUCUCCCAUUGAAGGAGAGGAAGACUGGGGUUGGCUUACAUUUCUAGGGUGUUGGGAGAGCUGGAGAAUUGGGGUCAACAUCCCAUCCAAAGACUUCAUGAGUUAGUUUCAGUUUAGUGCCAAGGCAACUUCUUUUGGGACGUGUGGGGCUUGAGGAUUGGGGGUUGACAGGGAUCAUAAUCCGAUAGACACUUUGUUAUCCAGAGAGCAUUGGUAAUUUGCCAUAAGUGACCCAAAGCCACCAGAGAGUGCAUGUCCCAGAGAAGAAGGCCAAGCAGAGCAGGCAGGCACCCACAUGGCAGACUUACCCAUGAGAGAGGGCAGCAGUAUUCUGUGCAUGUUAGACGUGUGGGUUGGAGGCUGUCAGAUCUGUUUGGUAGGCUGAGUUUGCUGUCCAGUAGUUGUGUGACUUUGGGCAAGUCCCAGACUUCUUCUUGGCCUCGCUGACCUUAGCGAGAAUGUGGGCAUUUGAGAGGUACGGCAGAAGAGAAGGCAGUCAUGAUCUGAUUGUGUGAGUGAUGGAGUUACCGGUGGUAGUGGUUUGAGUUUUGUGUCUGUGUCAGCUGCUGUUCUAAGUCCUGGUAGAAACUGAUGUGACAAACCCUUGUUUUCAUGGAUCUUCCGCCCUGACCCACUUACCUCUAAACUGAAGGUGGGUUUUUUGGUUUUGUUUCUGGUGUUUGCUUUCUGACUGUUGGUCUUUCGUAUUUCCUAGGAUCGAGCUGAUUGGUCUGAAGUGUUUGGUUCAGUGUCAUGCACUAAUACGUGUUGUUCUCUGUAACUACGUGUCACGGCACUAGGCUUUAGUGGGCCAGGAGGGGUUUGACCUUGUUCUCACGAGACUGAGAGUCUGAAGAGCAGCCCAGGGGUAAAGGCAGUCAACUUGCAUGUGAUACAAGACAGGAAAAGCAGAGCCGGUGUGACUUGAGAUGGCGCCAGCCCCUCACGUAUUGUGGUUGGGUGGGUGGUAUAAAAUGCAGCAGACCUGUGCUCGGAUGUGGGGGUGGCAGAGUCUGUUUGUGUUUGGCCAGGGGGAGAUGCUUGCUGGCCUCCUGUCACCCAGAGCCACAUUCAGGUCACAUUGUGAGCACAAACAGGAGGUGGCAAGCCCCUUGAAGGUUUGGGUGGGGUGGGAGUCGCUGUAUGGAAGGACAAGGUGAGGCGGGGACACGGAGGAGAAGUCUGUGGGGAAGACAGUGCUGAGGGGAGGCUGCUUUGCCUGCCGUGUUCUCCAGGCUCUCUCCAGGCUGCCCCUGGCUUCUGGUCUGGUGCCCUCUUGUACUCAGAAGUAUUAAACACUGAUCAUGAAA